UCCACUUGUCCAGAAGGAAACAUACGGUGCGGAGCGCAAACCGACAAACCAGAUGACAGAGGAAAGACGCGCUGAAGUUGUUUCUUCGCGACGGGACUACUUUAUUCUAAGCUGGCCUUAAGUGAACUGAAUGAAAACACAGAAGGCCCUCUAACUGGAAACCAUCGGGGAACUAAGUGGAUUGAAGAAGGCAGAGAGCAAGUGAGGGAGGGAAGACAGAAGGGAUUAGCAGCUAAUCCAGCGCAUGGACAAUCCUGGAUGAGCCUUAUUUUUUCUUCCAGGAUGAUGCAGACAAAACAGUUGCUGGAUUACUUCACACUACUUUGUUGCCCUUUUUAAGAACGCUUCACCCACCUUUUUUCCUCUGCUCUGGUUGUUUUCGUUGCCUCUCAAAGGUCUGGCGUCUUGGGUACAAAGGGGACCAGGGGAACUGAGGAUAAGGAUGCAGAGCGACUGGUGACAGGAUGCCCCGUGGACAGUGUGGUGCCACACGUGGAUAAACCUCUUUAGCGGUAGACGGUGCAUGGCAGUGGACCCCAAGCUCUCUCUGCUUGGACUUUGAGGAAGACAAGUGCAUCAGACGCACACAAUCCUCUCAAAAGUAGAGAUCUAUUGAAGGCUCAUGCAAGAAGGACUCGCUGCCAUGGACCCUAAACUGGAAUUCAAACUUAACUGACAUGUUAUCAGAGCUCAGACGCUCUCAUUUAAAUUAAAGGGAAAUUACACAACUUUCCUGUCACAAUGAGUCUGGGAAAACUGCCAGGGAUCAAGGGCCUUGUGUCUGGCUCGCAGGGGAAACGUCGUUUCAAGAGCGAACUCUCUGUGGACAUGAUCAGCCCGCCGCUGGGUGACUUCCGACACACUAUGCAUGUUGGUCGUGGCGGGGAAGUGUUUGGUGACACUUCCUUCCUUAGCAACUACGGAGGCAACAGGGAACCAGAACGUCCAGAGUCAGCAAACAGCUCCAAGACAACCGGGUUCUUCACACGCACCUUUCGGCAUGUACGGAAGAACUCUGGGCCGCGUCCGCGAGGGGGCUCCCGUGACUUGUCAUCCACGCCACCAGAUGUCUCACCCAUCAUCAAGAACGCCAUCUCCCUGCCCCAGCUGAACAUGGACUCCCCCAAUGGGUGCCUACAGAGGGUGCUGUUCCCCAGCUCCAUCAGCUCGACAGAUGACUCCUUCUGCACAUAUGGUCUGCAGUCUGGAUUUGUCACUCUGCCCCGCCUCUCUCGCAUUGACAGACAGUUUUAUGAUGGAGACAUGCGGAAAGGUUCUCUACCUGACAGUGGUGGCAUCAAGCUGACUCGCUCAGACUCCCUCAUGUCGUUCACUGUAGACCUUGGCCCUUCCCUUAUGACUGAGGUACUGAGCUUGAUUGACAACCCCAGCUGCCUUCAGACGUCCAAUCACAGCCAGGCAGCAGGCGAGGAAGAGGAAGGUGAGGACCACAGCUCUCUAACAGAGACGCCUGUGCAGAGCCCUGAGUUGACUUCACCCAACCCUUCCAUGAGUAGCAGUUCAUUCAGCAGUAACAUGAACAACAGGGGGCGCUCUUGUAGCGUCGACUGGGCAGAGGAAGAGGAGGAGAGGGGGUCACUGAGGACUCCAGAUGUGUGCACUGGGUCUCCUCAGAGAGCAGAGCCGGUGAUGGAGGCAGAAAGGUUCCAGAGGGCGGCUGACGUGCUGUCUCGUCAUUAUGGUGGAGGCUCCUUCACAAAGGGAACGAGGAUGAGCAACGACACCCCCUCUCCUACUUUGUCCCAAAGCCGCAAAACACCAUAUGCCUUUUCUGAAGAGGAGGAAGAGGUCAAAGUCUAGAUGUUGAAAGUCUUUCUGAACGAGAGCAGGA